GUUGAACCAUGAAGAUGCUGCUGUGCAGAAUCAGUCAGGAUGGAGUGAAGUUGUUAGUGCAGAGAGAGAGAAUGUGUAGGUUCCUUCAUCAGUGUUCUGCUCUCGUUUAUGAAGAACACACCACCGAACUGGAUACCAUAAGGAUGAAGCAGUUGGUGCUGCCCUCACUGAAUAAACGUGGUGUUAGAGUGAAGAUGCUGGCAGCUCCUGUUAACCCUGCAGAUAUUAACAUGGUGCAGGGGACGUACCCCAUCCUGUGUUCCCUCCCUGCUGUUGGUGGGAAUGAAGGGGUUGGGGAGGUGCUGGAAGUGGGCAGCGAUGUCAACGAUGUAAAACAGGGUGAUUGGGUGGUGCCCGUGGAUGCAGGAUUUGGUACAUGGAGAACAGAGGUGGUGUGUGACCAUACAGACCUGCUCACCAUCCCAAAAGACCUGUCUCUACUGGGAGCUGCCACUAUCUAUGUCAACCCCUGCACUGCUUACAGAAUGCUGCAUGACUUCCAGACCCUCAAACCAGGUUCCACAGUGAUCCAGAACGGAGCGAACAGCGCUGUUGGACAGGCCGUCAUCCAGAUAGCGGCGGCACUCGGACUCAAAACUAUCAACAUUAUCAGAGACAGGCCAAACUGUGGAGAGCUGAAAGAGGAACUCCAGGCUCAGGGGGCUGAUUAUGUCAUUACAGAGGAGGAAGUGAUGUCGUCAGGGCUCCAUCAUGUCUUUCAGGAGAUCCCGAAACCCAAACUGGGACUGAACUGUGUUGGAGGACUCAGUGGAGGACUGGUGCUCUCUCAUUUAGACUGUGGAGGAACCCUGGUGACGUACGGAGGAAUGGCUAAGAAACCUCUGCAGAUACCUGCUAAAUCCCUCAUCUUCAGAAGCAUCACGCUGCAGGGCUUCUGGAUGACCCAGUGGAAGAGGAACCACAGGCAAGAUAAGGAACGUUUGAAGUCGAUGUUGGAUGCGGUGUGUGAUUUUGUCCGAUCUGGCCGCCUCCGACCUCCAAACUGCAUUCAGACGCCGUUUCACCAAUACUCACGUGCUUUACACGACACGCUCCAGUCACACCAUCGCAAACACGUGCUCAUCAUGUAGCAGCAUGUACAAAUACAGCAGCAUCUAAGCUAAGUGCUUUACAUGCUUGACUGUGGACAGCGUCACCAUAUUCAUCUGGACACAUUUCAUUUCAGUUUAAGUUGACAGGUUGGGUUUUCUUAAUGACCUUGGCAAACGACCGCUGUUCCAUAAUCUUUUUAAUGGGUUCAGUUAGCCCUGUUGAUACAGAAGUCUUCAACUGUAGUGAAGAGGGAACAGGGACGUCAUUCAAGAUCUUAUGUGUUUUUUUUUGGACAAAGAAAAACAGUAAACAGUUCUAGUCAUUCAGUCACAGAAAAAAAAAAGAUUGCCGGUUACUUUGCAGGACACUUUGCAGGUUACUGGAAGAUGGAGGUCGCUGCUGAGUCCCUGGUUCCUCCAAAUGUUUCUUUCUUUAAUCUGAAUGGAGUUUUUCAUUGCCACUGUCACCCGUGCCUUCUCACCAUGGGUUUUUUGGUCUGUCGGUCCUGGAUUCUGAAAAGUUGCUUUGAGACGAUGUCUAUUGUAAAAAAAAAUGCUAUACAAAUAAAUUUGAUUUGACUUGA